UUAAUUAUUUAUUUUAAUUUUUUUUCGUAUAUUUCCCGCUGCGAAGUGCGGGUCUUCACUCGUUCACAUUAAUUUAUAACACUCACAUAGUAAUGAACUAAAUACUACUUAUUGCAAUCACAUUUAUAAGAAAAGGUUUUUUUUUUUUUUCGUCAAUCAGAAGUAAAGUCUUUUUUUUUUUUGGCAAACCAAAUUAAUCACCGCCACUCCGAAACCCAAAACUUCAGACUCUAAACUCAAUAAACAAAUCAAUUUACAAAAACGUAUUACUAUUUAAUAAACAAAAUUCAAAAAUUUGUUAAAGAAUGGCACAACUGUUAUAAAUAAUUGAAUAUGAUCCCACAUUAAUAAAAUACCAACAUUUAAAUUAUAUCAACGUUGUAUUACGCACAUUAAUUUUACGUGAUAACCAUCUCGCCCAAUAACCGUCUUGAUGGGAGACAGUUAUCUAUAAGGGGCAGACGUCAGUUUGAAUGGGUUAUCUAAGCCAAGCCCCCCUAAAAAAAAAAAAAAAAAAAACACAGAACACACACCAUUGCUUCGGAGGGAUAAUUGGCUAGAAAGAUUCCGUUUUCGUCGGACGUUCAACAGACGUAUACAAAAUCAUCGUCUUCAUCAAUGGCUUAAGUUUUACCACCUGUGAAUAUCUCUGAUAUUAAUGUUCCUGAGUUGAACGGUGACAACUAUAAAGCUUGGAAGGAGUUAAUUCUUCUUCAAUUGGGGUGUAUGGACAUUGAUUAUGCUAUUCGAAAAGAUGAACCACCUGCUGUUACUGAAACUAGCACUCCAGCUGAAGUUUCUCUUUAUGAACAAUGGGAGCGGUCUAACAGCCUUAGUGUAAUGUUCAUAAGGAGUAAACUUUCUGCUAGUAUUCGUGGUUCAGUUGCUCAGCAUAAUAAUGCUAAGGAUUUGCUGGUGGCUAUUGAUGCGCAAUUUGCGUCUUCGGAAAAGGCCCAUGCCAUGACCCUAAUCAUGAAGUUUUCAUCGUUGAGGCUUACCAGUGUUAGAGGUGUGCGUGAGCACAUUAUGAAAUGAGGGAUAUUGUGGCUCAGCUCAAGAACCUUGAGGUUGAGAUACCUGAAUCCUUCCUUGUAUAUUACAUUCUGAACUCACUUCCUCAGCAGUAUACACCUUUUAAGAUCUCUUAUAACACACAUAAGGAGAAGUGGUCAAUUAAUGAACUCAUGACGAUGUGUGUUCAAGAGGAAGAAAGACCGCUUAUGGAAGUGGGAGAGAGUGCUCAUUUGGCAACACAAGGAAGGCAAAAAGGGCAAGGCAAGCGUAAGGGAAAGGGUAAAAUACCUCCCCAAGCUGACAUUAAGAAGGAAUCCAAAUGCUUCUUCUGUAGAAAGAGGGGGCAUAUAAAGAAGGAUUGCGUCAGAUAUAAAGCCUGGCUUGAGAAGAAAGGGCUUUCAAAGCCACAGGAAGCCGGUGGGAAGUGAACACUGCAUCUAUUCAGGAAACAAGAUGCGUUCGCAUGUAGAAGCUAUCGGGACAUGCAGUUUAGUCCUAUAUAGUGGCUUUGUUUUAAAUUUGGAAAGAACCUUCUAUGUACCUAGUUUCUCUAGAAACUUGAUUUCAGUUUCAAGACUUGUAUCGUUUGGUUAUUCCUUUCACUUUUCAGAUUCGACUUUCAGUUUAUCGUAUAAAUCUAAAAUUGUUGGGAAUGGUAUCUUGUC